GUGAGCGCGUCCGCACAGUAGGCGCGAAAGUCAGUUCGGGGCUUCGGCAAUUUCCGGGUCCUGCGUUGCUCUCGGGGUGGGCGCGCCGCGGGGUGCGGCUGGUGUGUGCCGGGCUGGCGCCCGACCCCAGCCGCUCUCCUGCGGGCCGCGCGCGCCCCCACUCGCCGCCCCCAGGGGCUCUGGCUCCACCGAGUUCAAAAAUGUCCGGAAAUGACAAACAACCACUUUUUGUGAAGUUUUUAAAAUCUUCAGGCAAUUCCGAAUGUUUUCUUAAAGCUCUUGAGUCAAUAAAAGAAUUCCAAUCAGAAGAAUAUCUUCAGAUUAUUACAGAAGAAGAGGCAUUGAAGAUAAAGGAGAAUGAUAGAUCACUUUAUAUCUGUGACCCUUUUAGUGGUGUUGUCUUUGAUCACCUCAAAAAGCUUGGCUGCAGAAUUGUUGGUCCUCAAGUAGUCAUAUUUUGUAUGCACCACCAGCAGUGUGUCCCAAGAGCUGAACAUCCAGUUUAUAACAUGGUUAUGUGUGAUGUAACUGUAUCUUGUACAAGCCUGGAAAAAGACAAAAGGGAAGAAGUUCAUAAAUAUGUACAAAUGAUGGGUGGACACGUAUACAGAGACCUUAACAUGUCAGUUACACACCUCAUUGCCGGAGAAGUUGGUAGCAAAAAAUAUUUAGUUGCCGCAAAUCUAAGGAAACCUAUUUUGCUUCCUUCUUGGAUAAAAACACUUUGGGAGAAGUCACAAGAGAAUAAAAUAACUAGAUAUACUGAUGUAAACAUGGAAGACUUCAAAUGUCCUGUUUUCCUUGGUUGCAUAAUCUGUGUGACUGGCUUAGAUGGUCCAGAAAGAAAGAGAGUUCAGCAGCUCACAGUUAAGCAUGGAGGUCAAUACAUGGGACAAUUGAAAAUGAAUGAAUGUACACACCUCAUCGUGCAAGAGCCAAAAGGUCAGAAAUAUGAGUGUGCCAAGCGAUGGAAUGUACAUUGUGUCACCACGCAAUGGUUUUUUGACAGUGUUGAGAAAGGUUUUUGUCAGGAUGAAUCCAUGUACAAGAUAGAGCCCAGACCGGAAACAAAGACUAUGCCUGAUACUUCAACUCCUACCGGCCAGGUUAACACAGGUGGUAGUCGGACUCUCUCAGAUGUCAGCCAUAUUUCCAACAUCACUGCAAGUUGCAUAAAUGAAUCGAUGUCUAACUCCAUUUUUAAUAGCAAAGUGGAUCCAGCACUUGAAAAUCUAGAAAAUCUGGAUGUCAGUGCAUUUCAGUCACCUGAGGACUUAUUAGAUGGUUGUCGGAUAUAUCUUUGUGGUUUUAGUGGCAGAAAACUAGAUAAACUGAGAAGGCUUGUUAACAACGGAGGUGGAGUUCGUUUUAACCAGCUCAAUGAAGAUGUAACUCAUGUUAUUGUGGGAGAUUAUGAUGAUGAAUUGAAGCAGUUUUGGGAUAAGUCAGCCCACAGGCCUCAUGUGGUGGGAGCAAAAUGGCUGCUGGAGUGUUUUAGCAAAGGUUAUAUGCUUCCUGAAGAGCCAUAUAUCCAUGCUAGUUACAAGCCAGUGGAAAUUCCAGUCUCAGACCAACCUGAAAGUAGAACAUCCCUUUUAAAAAGGAAUAGCAGCUUCUCCAAGAAAGAGUGUGCCUCUGCGGAAAAGCAUGAGCAGGCUGAUGAAGACCUGCUCUCUCAAUAUGUAAACGAUAACCCAAUAGUAGUUGAAGCUGUAAAGUCUGAAGUGGGGGCCUUUAAUGACACUACUUAUAUUCAGCCCUUCAAUGAUUCUACUCAUAUUUCUCUGCAAGAAGAAAACCGAUCUGUCAGUCAUUGCCUCCCUGAUGCUUCUACAAUUAUAGAAGAAGGUUUAUUUAGCCAAAAGAGUUUCCUUGUUUUGGGUUUUAGUAGUGAAAAUAAAUCUAACAUUGCAACUGUCAUAAGAGAAAAUGCUGGAAGAAUCGUAUCCCUUCAGAGCCGAACUGUUGCCGACUAUACUGUGGUUCCUCUGCUGGGGUCUGACGUAGAAACGGCGGUGGGGGAAGUCGUUACAAACACAUGGCUGGUAACUUGUAUAGACUGUCAGACUUUAAUUGAUCCAAAGUCAAGUCCUGUCUUCAAGCCAGUCCCAGUAAUGGCAGGAAUGACUCCUUUAGAGGACUGUGUUAUUUCAUUCAGCCAGUGUGCAGGAGCAGAAAAAGAUUCUUUGACGUUCUUAGCAGAGCUCCUUGGAGCAAGCGUUCAAGAAUUCUUUGUCCGCAAAGCCAAUGCAAAGAAAGGCAUGCUUGCUAGUACACAUCUUGUAUUGAAGGAACCAAGCGGUUCUAAAUAUGAAGCUUCCAAGAAGUGGAAUCUACCGGCAGUCACCAUAGCUUGGCUUUUGGAGACUGCUAGAAUGGGAAAGAGAGCAAAUGAAAGCCAUUUUCUGAUUGAAAAUUCAACUGAAGAAGAGCAAAGUUUAGAGACUGAAAUAGCAAAUGGGGUGAAUCUAAAUUCAGAUGCUCCAGAGCAUCCUGCCACGCGCCUGGGAACGCACAGGAAAACGGCCGUCACACCUUUAGAUAUGAACCGCUUUCAGAGUAAGGCUUUCCAUGCUGUGAUGUCACAGCACACCCGGCAGGUGCCAGUCUCCCCAGCAGGACAGCCGCUCCAGAAGGAGCCCUCGUUACGCCUGGACACUCCAUCCAAAUUUCUGUCCAAGGACAAACUCUUCAAGCCUUCCUUUGAUGUAAAGGAUGCACUGGCAGCCUUGGAAACUCCAGGUGGACCUAGCCAAAAGAGAAGGAAACUGAGUACCCCGCUCUCAGAAGUCAUCGGCAGAAACUUGAAGCUUGCUUUGGCAAAUAGCUCUCGAGAUGCUGUUGCUCUUUCCGCCAGCCCUCAGCUGAAGGAUGCUCAACCAGAGAUGGAAGAAGCUCCAAAGCCACUUCACAAAGCAGUGGUAUAUGUCAGUAAAAAACUCAGUAAGAAGCAGAGUGAACUAAAUGGGAUUGCAGCCUCUCUGGGCGCAGAUUACAGGUGGAGUUUUGAUGAAACAGUGACUCAUUUCAUCUAUCAAGGGCGACAGAACGACACUAACCGCGAGUAUAAAUCUGUGAAAGAAAGAGGAAUACACAUUGUUUCAGAGCACUGGCUUUUAGAAUGUGCCCAAGAGUAUAAACACCUUCCUGAGUCUCUGUAUCCACAUACUUUUAACCCCAAAAUGAGCUUGGAUAUCAGCGCCGUGCAAGAUGACAGACUCCGUAAUAGCCGACUGCCCUCAGCUGACGGGACAGCAAAGGAUGAUGAGACAGAUCAUUUGCUUGUGGAAGAAAAUGAUAUAGAUAAUAUGACAACCAGUAACAAAGAAGGAGCAACAUCAAAUGAAAAUGGAAGAAAUGACUCUAAAGGAGCUCUGACACAGACCUUGGAGAUGAGAGAGAAUUUCCAAAAGCAGCUGCAGGAGAUCAUGUCUGCAACAUCAGUGGUGAAACCCCAAGGGCCGAGGACUUCCUUUGGCAGAAAUGGCUGUAACAGCACCUCUUCGACCCCUGAGAGUGCUCGCUCCGCCCGCACGGGACGCAGCAGAGUCCUGGAGGCCCUGAGGCAGUCUCGUCAGACAGCUCUUGAUGUCAACACAGAGCCCUCCCAGAAUGAACAGAUCAUUUGGGAUGACCCUACCGCCAGAGAGGAGAGGGCAAGGCUUGCCAGCAAUUUGCAGUGGCCUAGCUGUCCCACACAGUACUCUGAACCGCAGGUUGACAUGAAAAAAUUGGAGGAUUCUCCUUUCCAGGACCCUUUACAUGAUUUAAAAAUUGUUGAACACGCUGUCCAUGAUCCUGGAAACGUGUGUGCGACUGAAGUUCCAAAACACCCAGUCUCUGAAGAACUGGAAACUCCAUUAAAAGACAGCCACCUGAUCCCUACACCUCAGGCCCCCAGUAUCGCCUUCCCCCUGGCCAACCCACCCGUGGCUCCACAUCCUAGAGAAAAGAUUAUAAUAGAGGAGACUCAUGAAGACUUAAAAAAACAGUACACAUUUCAGUUGUCAUCUCUGAAUCCUCAAGAACGUAUUGAUUAUUGUCAUCUGAUUGAGAAACUAGGUGGCUCGGUAAUAGAGAAGCAGGCCUUCGACCCCAGCUGCACACACAUCGUUGUGGGGCACCCGCUGCGCAACGAGAAGUAUCUGGCCUCCCUGGCGGCGGGGAAGUGGGUGCUUCACCGCUCCUACCUGGAAGCAUGCAGGACUGCUGGGCGCUUCGUGCCGGAAGAAGACUACGAAUGGGGAAGCAGUUCCAUCCUGGACGCGUUGACUGGAAUCAGCGUGCAGCAGCGACAACUAGCCCUUGCAGCAAUGAGAUGGAGGAAGAGAAUCCAGCACACACAGGAGUCAGGCGUUGCUGAGGGGGCAUUUAGCGGGUGGAAGGUUAUUCUACAUGUUGCUAAUCAGUCCCGAGAAGCAGGAUUCAAACGUCUGCUUCAGUCCGGAGGAGCUAAGGUGUUACCUGGUCAUUCUGUGCCUUUAUUUAAAGAAGCCACACACCUCUUUUCUGACGGAAAUAAACUGAAACCCGAUGACUCAGGAGUUAAUAUAGCAGAAGCUAUUGCCCAGAAUGUGUACUGCUUGAAAACAGAAUACAUUGCUGAUUAUCUUACGCAGGAAACCCCUCCUCGAGUAGAAAACUACUGUCUGCCAGAAGCUGUUUCACUUCUUCAGAAUCAUAAGGAGCCCGGGUCUGGACUGUCACAAAAGAGAAAAGCGCCUGCAGAGAAAAGUAAUACCAAACGGCCUAGAGCACACUGAUGGCGUCUCCUCCUGAGUUACCAGACGGUGAACGUUCUCACAUUAAAAGCCUCUUACUGUGACGGAUUCGUGUAAUGAUGUAGAGACGAGUACUUGAAGAAUUUAGCUGCAGAGUAUGAUGAUGACCCUGCUUGAAGUUAGUUUUUUUAACACCUGAAAUUUUAAUCAGUGAAAUAGUAACUGUCCCUGAAUGGAGAGCUACCUGAAAUAAGAAACAGCCCCUCAGCUGACUUGCCGUUAAACCUCCUGACGUGUGCAGGAGGCUUUUUAUGUAUUUAUUCUCUUGUAAAUAUUUGAGGCUAGCACUUAGUGGGAGUUUUAUUAGAAGGUGAUGGAUUUUGCCUUAAAACAUCUGCUUUAAUUCAUAACAAGGAAGCUGUCAAUUGGGAUUUAUUCAUGUUUUCCCUGAUUUUUAACUUCUCGCCAGUUUACCUCUUUUUAACAGGAGCCUGAGCACAGGGUUUAACAAAGAACUGAGGCUUUAAACUUAAAAUUUGCGUGUAUAUGUGUAUGUGUAUGUUUGUACAGACCUCCAUGAUGUUUGCUGAGUUUGGGUGUCAAACUUGGGAAAUAAAGACAAUAAAGAGUAAAA